CCCAUUCAAUCCCAUGUGUAUCGUCAGCAACACGCGAGGGUCGAGUACAUAGCGUCCUUCCUGACUAUUUUCUGUCCUUUGCUGGCUUUUGGCGAGAACAGAGGCUCGAAAUCAGUCUUCCAGGAGAGGAAGAAGUAGUUGGUUGUGGUAUUAGUAUCAGUUGUUAAUUGGAAAGACAGAGACAAUUAUGGAGGUUGAUCAGAAACAAAGUAUUAAAAAACUUUCGAAAGGAGUCUUAGACUUGAAGUUCAUGAAAAAGAGUAAAGAAAAAGCAGUGCUACAAGAAGAGAAUGAAGAGCGGCAGCAGCUGUACCAGGACCAACUAUCAUUACUGCAUAAAGGAGCGGACCGUAUUGUUAUGGUUGACUCAUAUUUUGACUGUAUGGACUUUUUACCCUGCCGUUUAUCCUUUGGUGGAAUGGACCCAGAUAUUGAGAAGCUUAAUGAGGACAAGUUAACCGGAGUAUACAAACCUGAAAGGAUUUUACCAGCACCCAGUAAGGGGGAUGGAAUAGAGGAGGAUGUGACAGCAGAAGAGAUUGCAGAGAAUUAUAGCAAGCUGUUAGGCAACAAGGCUAAGCAAUUUACAAAAAGAAAGAGUGAUCACAAUGAAUUUGAAAAUGAUGAUGAUUCUCAGAAAAAUAAAUACUUCAAAGGAAAUGCAACCAGAGGGAAGAGGCCAAUGUUUACGAACAGAGAGUAUAUUAACCCUCAAGGCAGGGGCGGGUUUACAAAUAAGGGUAGAGGGGAUUUCAGUAACAGAGGCCAGGGGGAUUUCAGUAACAGAGGCCAGGGGGAUUCCAGUAAUAGAGGCCAGGGGGAUUCCAGUAACAGAGGCCAGGGGGAUUUCAGCAACAGAGGCCGGGGAGAUUUCAGAGGCAGGGGUAGAGGUGAUUUCAGAGGCAGGGGUAGAGGUGAUUUCAGAGGGAGGGGCAGAGGGGAUUUCAGCAACAGAGGUAGAGGUUCCCAUGAUGACAGGAGAGGAGAAGGUGGUCAGAAUAGUGGAAGAAAUUUUAGUCCAGGUCUAAAGAAAUUAAAGUUCAUGAAUCCCCAAGAAUGAAAAGAAUUAGGAAUUAAUUUAAUUGACGUUUUUCAUUUUUUAUUAUGAAAAGUAUUAUUAAAAUGGACUAUAUUCUGAACAUAAUGUGACUUACUUUAUUAUUAAAGUACAGCCAACCUCAUAGAAACAAUAUUGAAUACCCUUACUUCUUUAGAUGUGACAUUUAAAAUAUAUAUUUUAUAAUGCAAACAACAUGUUUAUUCAUUAAUAGAGGGCAGAGCCUCCUGUAUGUGAAAAUUAUUUGGGUCAAAAAUUUUCUCAGGUGAACCACAACUUUGUCCUUAUUCAGUAACACGUACACCAUGUCUCUCUUUCUUCAAAAUUGUAAAACCAUAAAUCAUUCCCCAGGUUCUUAUGUGCAUUAUCUUUGAUAACAAUGCAAUGCAAUCUUUCCAAUGAACUUCUUCAUUAAUCUUCCUCUCAGUCCUUUCAAAGUAAGAAGGUUCUUUGUGACAGGAAAGUGUGAAAGACAGAACAAAAAAUCUCUUCAACUGUGCUUUUUCAGUUCUCGCAAGUGUGAUUUAGAUAUCCGAACUGAAAUUUUUAUUGUAUUGUAAAAUCUACAUGUAAUUGCUACUAUACAAGUCUGAGUCAGAAAAAAAAAGAAAAAGAAAAAAAAAUUAUGCAUGUGUACAUUAGGUGAUACUUCCUUCCUUGCUUGAAAUUCAUUGUUGUUAACUGAUAUAUAUAGAGAGAAAUUAAUAUGGAGAGUUUAAAAAUGCAUUAAGGUAUAUCAAUGCAUAAUUUUAUUGCUAAAGAUAUUAAUGGAUAUUUAUACAUCUGACUCAUUUUGAGGGAAAGGAAGCACUGUAUCAGUUACAAAAAUAUACGUAUCCACCAUGA